AGACGUCAUCUUUCAAAACACUUGGCUUGCACUAUUUUGGGGCUCGGCAUUGUUUAGAUAAACGUGGACAUGACUUGUCAGCGCAAGUGUUUAUUGUGUUAUUUCGAGUUGCCUCUUAUUCAAAAUGAGUGAAACCUGUCUCGGAACGACGUUGGAACUUGAAUGGAGAAGUGUAACAACGUCGCGCGUGCCAGGGAAGGACACGAAAACGGAAGUUUGGAGCCAGCGGUGAACAUAAGUAACACAUAUGUUGAGACAUGUUUUCAGACUUGAGUGACAAGUUUGACCAGGCUUUUGUUUUUUCCCCUUUCGUAAGCGUUAUUCUCCACUUUGUGGGGGGAAAAGAAAGGAAGUAGUUUUGGUCACGCGUGAAAGGCACUCCUAAUCAUAGCAGGAGUGUACAUCUGUAUUGCAAAUGUGACUUGUGUUGUCCAUUUCGAUAUCGAGGAAGAAAGAGGAGGAUCAAACGUAACACUGACUUGAAAACGCCUCAGUUCAUAGUGAUGGAGCACUGAAGAAUAUAUAUAUUUUUUUCUUAUUUUUCUUUUCUUUUUUUAAUGUUUCAUCAAAGUUACCUCGGAUUACUUUUAUGGGGUGGGGACCCAUUGUGUCAUAAUCCUUUACGCUGAAUUAAUCCUGUGAUUAAAGCAGCAGAUUUUUGGGAGACAAGUUGACGAGCUUCGCAGGACGUGUCUCUAAAUUGUAAAUAAAGACACUUUAAUCACAAGUCAUGGAGCCGUAUGUCCCAAUCGAGAGUGAGAGGACUCUUUCAGUUUGCCGACGCCUGUGUUACGCAGUCGGGCACUUUCUCAAUGAUUUGUGCGCCUCGAUGUGGUUCACCUACCUGCUGGUUUACCUGCACUCGGUCCUCGGCCUCCAAAGUACAUUUGCUGGUGUGCUGCUGCUCAUCGGUCAGGUAGCAGACGGAGUCUGCACUCCUCUCAUUGGAUACGAAUCUGACCGAACUCACGGAAAGAGGAAAGGCUGGCAUUUGUUGGGAACGGUCUGUGUGAUUGUUUCUUUUCCCUUCAUUUUCAAUCCCUGUCUGGCCUGCUCGGCAAACACCCCACAAUGGGCAAAGAUCGUCUACUUCGCCCCCUUCAUCGUCAUCUUCCAGUUUGGGUGGGCCGCCACUCAGAUCUCACACCUCUCCCUCAUUCCAGAGCUGGUAUCCAGUGAGAACGCCAAGGUAGAGCUCACCGCGUACAGGUAUGCCUUCACUGUUGUGGCCAACAUCACGGUCUAUGCUGUGGCCUGGCUGCUUUUUCACUUCUAUGCAAAACAAGACAUGACAGACAAUCUGGGCCAGGCAGACAUUCCUCUAUUUAGGAUGCUGGCGCUGAUUGUACUAGGCGUUGGAGCAGUUUUCUCACUGAUAUUUCACAUCGGUACAAAGGAGCCUUCAGGAGAAGAGCCGCUUCUCCCACCUCCGGCUAAUGAGGAAGCAGCGCCUAGUCGAUUGUUGCAGUGGAAGGACUGGCUAAAAGAGCCUUCUUUCUACCAGGUGGCCUUCGUCUACAUGUGCACAAGACUGAUCGUCAACCUAUCCCAGUCAUACAUCUCUGUUUACCUCACCAACUCACUGUUGCUACCAAAGAACUACAUUGCCAUAAUACCGCUGGUGAUGUAUGUCAGCGGCUUCAUUAGCUCACUGACCAUGAAGCCUAUCAGCAAACUUGUAGGCAUCAGUAUGAUGUAUUUUUUCGGCCUGCUUUUGGUGAUCGGCUUUGCCCUCUGGGUGUUUUUUGACAAGAAAAUGGGAGGUGAAAACAUCUAUGGCGCUGCUGUGCUGCUGGGAGCUGGCUCAGCUAUCAUCCUGGUCAUGUCUCUCUCCAUGACCGCCAAACUCAUCGGGGAGCAUACGAAAAGUGGAGCCUUUGUUUAUGGCUCAAUGAGCCUUACGGACAAGGUGGCCAAUGGUGUUGGUGUCGUCAUCAUCCAGAGUAUCAGACCGUGCAGCACCGAGGCAUGCUGCCCAGCGUGUAUUUGGUUUUAUCGUGACGUCAUGGCAAUCGUAACAGGCGGCGUGGCAAUGGCUGCAACAUUUGGCCUCAUAACAAUUCUCAUCUGGCCACUCAAGACGAAGAAAAAUGAAUGAUGGAUUGUUAGAAUAAUUCCUGAAACAUUGUUGUGAGGUGGCGAGAAGAAAAAAAUACUCCAAUUGAUGGUCAAUUCGUUCACUGUAUGCUUGACAUCUUUUGGGAUGUCUUUUCAUACUAAAUGAUAUUUGUGCACGAUUCACUUUGCUUUAUUUGUUGUUGUUUUUUAAAAUAAAUUUUAAAUUUUAAAUUUAUUAUUACGUCAAACCCCAACAUAGUUGUUAGAUGUCAAUUUUCUUUUUAAAACAAUCACGACUUGAAUAUAUUCAUUACUCAGCUAACACGAUAAAACUUAAUCUAUUAACGUUGCAACACUAAACACAACAUUGUGGUAGUGCAGUAAAGGUUGUUUUUUGUUAUAGUAACUUUAUUUUUAUGUUGUGCAAUACGUGUUUCGUCAUUAUUUUUUCCCCCAAGUUGGCUUGGAGAAAUCACAUCAUUGAACUGUGUCGUGUCGUGUGUGAUAUCCAUUUAAGAAUGAAAUUAUAAAAUGUUCCCUUGACUUAUAAAAAGCAACAGAGAAAACAUAAGGAAUCAAAAUAAAUAAGAGUAUGAUUACAGUAUCUCGCUGAGUGACUGGAUCUAUAGUUUUUGUGGCUUUUUAUCACCCUGAAAAGUACAGGAAAUCACAGAAAAUGAAUAUCAAAUGUACAAUAUCUAAAUGUGACAUCAUUAGUUUUUCAUUAUUACAACUUUUCUGUGACCUUCAUUUUUUGUAACUGAAUUUGGUGAGCAAAGUUAGGAUCACGACAUUAUGAUACAGUGCUGAUCUCUUUCGGUUGAAGUGUUUAUAAUAAUAAGGCUUAUGAAUGUAUGUUGGGGGGGGGGGGGGGUUUAUUGCCAGCAAAUAAUGAAAUGACUUUGUCAAUACAACAUUUUUUCCCCCGUAAGGUGUAAAUGCGUAGGCCCCACAGUUUCACAACUUCUCCUUUGCUAUUGUUCUUUAGCCGACAAGUCACAACACUUGUUUGAAUUAAUUCAUUGUCUUGCAGGGAAGGAUUGGACGUCUAUUGCCAUCAAUAGCACACAAACAAAUUAACCUUAACUGAAGGCACUUCCAGUUCAAAUGGAUUGGCUAUCUAUCACCAUCAAUGGCACCCAAUGACCUAAUAUCGAAAUAAGUUAUACUACAAAAGAUGUUUGUUAGACUGUCUGUUGUUUAAAAAAAAAAAAAAAAAAAAAAAAAAAAACAAUGGCAAAUGCAACUUUAAUAUACUUCCCCCUUCCCAAUUUUAGCAUUAUGGAAGUUGAUAAGCGGAAAACUUUUUGUGCAGAGAAUAUUUUUAUUGUGCCAAUUUAUCCAAAUAGGCACUGUAAUGGAUAACAAAAAACAUGGACAUGUAGCUAUUGAGCUCUUUCUGAAUCUGCACUUUCUGCUUACCUCUAAGUGUUAUUUUUUUAACUCAGUUUUCAGUAUCUCCGUACUUCAGUACAGACUGAGAAUCAAGGGCAUAGGUUUGCAUAGGGAUGGUAGAGACAUAACACCAGCAACUUUUCAGGAUGCUCAAAUUGUCCCCAUCAACUUUUAAGCAAAGUUAUUUGCAUUAUAUAAUGAGUUCAGUUAAAUAGGUCGUUUAGAUCGUCUUCCCAUAUGUUGUAAGGAUAUAAUUGACCCUACCAUUAUUAACUUAAUUGAUUUCAUGAUGUUCAUACUUACAUAUACCCCUUUUCACUUGUUGAAUCUGCCGGUCCAUUUUUUUCCCCUCAAACGCACGCGUAAUUGGCUGAUGACUUGCAUUUAUAUAAAAUAAAUUAAUUUUCUACAUGAUCAAAAAAAAUUAUUUGCAGCCUAUUCAGACAUGUUUUUUCCAGAUAAUCAUACAUUAAUCAUAAUCAAGGAUAAAAGUCAAAAGUUUGGCUGUGCUUGUGGGGAAAAAAAGCAGUAGUGUUUUACCUUAGGGAAGGUCCAAUUAAAAAUUUUUUUUUUUUUUUUUGUUAUACGAGAUUAUUUACAAAUUUGUAUUUAUUGUGUCUGUUAAUAUAAUUUAUGUUCAAAUAUUGCUAUUUAAAUUUGCUAAUAAAAUCAAGACAUUUAUUCUGGAAGUUUUCUAAAUGUUUUUUUAGUCGUUUUUCAAAACCGGUUUGAAUCAAGUGGUGUAUCACCUGAACCAAUACACAUGAAAUUUAGUAUAAGUCAAUACAUAUUUAUUUUGCAUUGGUCAAUUAGUCUAUCAAUUGAUUACAUUCAUAUUAGUGCGAAAUGAAGACCUGACCCCUGUUCACCCAAUCUCCAGUCUCCAGCAAAAAAGUAUACAUGCAUGUUACGAUAUUGUAUCGUCUCUACCAAUAUUGAGACCAAACCUACACCCUUGCUGAGAAUACUUUCAUCACCACUGCCUAAAUUUGAUGGCCAAAAUAAAAAGCUCUCUGUGUGAUUAGGUACGAUGUCUUACUCAUUGGCGGAGUUUGACGUUUGGGGCAAGGGGGGAACAACAUGUUGAUGACCCUGAAACGCGGUGUCAGCAAUAAAAUUAACUUACAAAAAUAUCUACAGUAAUAA